AUGGGCAAUCAGUUUAAAAACGUGGCAGUUAUAGCCUGUCUGAAAACAUUACUUUUCAUCUUUAAUAUAGUCUUUUGGCUGACGGGGCUCCUUAUCCUGAUAGUAGGACUAUGGGCUGAGUUUGAUCUUUUUAAAUACAUGGAGUUGUCUUCCGAUUUCUCUGGGACAGCUCCUCACGUGAUCAUCGGAAUCGCGGGUCUGAUCAUCCUCAUCAGUUCCGUGGCUUUCUCCUGUAUUAUCAAAGGACAACCUGUGUUGCUCUACAUUUACGGUGGCUUCCUGGUAUGCAUUUUCAUGAUGGACGCCGGAGUGGGUGCGUCGGUAGUUUGCUACCGAGACACAUUCGCCAAAGGCCUGCACGAUGGACUCACUCACACGAUUGCAACAUAUGAUCCGCAAAAGGCUAACUUCGACUUCGCUCAAUCCAAAUUACAAUGCUGUGGGGUUUCCAAUUACACGGACUGGAUGCGGCUCUCACCUCAACGAGUUAUUCCUAUUUCUUGCUGUCAUAAUACGAACCACUGCGUUACGGCGAACUAUAGCAAUGUCUACCAACAGGGUUGCUAUGAAGUAAUAACGGAGUAUUUGACGAAUAAUAUGAAUAUUUUGAUUGGAAUUGCCAUUGGUACAGCGACACUACCGCUUCUUGGAGCAUUGCUGUCUUGUUCCCUCGCAUGGUACAUUAAAAAAUCGAAAUAUGACGUUAUCAAU